UAUACACAAUGAAUUUGAUGUCAAUCAACUUCAUGUCAGUCAUUGUAGUAAAUUUUUUUCGAAGUGUUUUCUAUGUUUCACCAAAUUUUUGUUGCUUUGCUGAAGCAGCAUAUCAUGAAUACAAAUAUAUCAUAUGAAAUUCAUCGAUCAAAAUGUCUGUAAUAUCACCGACGGAUCACUUUUCUGGUUGUUUUGGAAUAUUGACGAAAUUGAAUGCUAAGAAUACAGACAACAUCAAAUAUUCUAAAACGCAGUUUUUUCAGAAAGUUUCCAAACCUUCAAAUAGUUACGAUUCAUCAACUCGUAUAACUGUUCAAACUCACAAAUACCAGAGAGUGUCCACUCCCGAAUCUUUUGUCAGAACCUCCAAAUUUCAACAGAAAGGAAUCAUUUUUAUAUGGCCACAAAAAAAGACGCAUUUCAGGGAUAUUUCAGCCGAAAGCUUCUGGGAGUCUCUACUAUAUACCAGGGACAAUGUAACUGUACCUACAUCAAACUUGUGGAUAAUGCCCCGUUGCAAGGAACUACAACAGUGUAUCCAGACGUACACGUGGCAUAUACGGAGCUCCAGAACAUCGGCCAACGUAUUUAUUUGUUAAUCUAUUAGAUAAAAUGUAACUAGAGGAAACAGAAAAUAAAGAUAUUUUUAAUAAGUAAAUGAAUGUUAGAUAACAAGUAGAACUGGUUUUGUUAUCUAACAUGAGCAUACCCAGUAAGAAAAUGGGACACAAUCUUAGGGAUUUUAUAUGACAGCGAUAAUUAAGCACCUACCCUCUCAGGAUAAUAUUUUCGUACUUUUUCUCAUUUUUUAUAUUAUUUUUUCACUGGAAAAAUCGUGAUUAACUAGCACUCGAAAUUCGUUUUUUUAUAUUUACCAAAUAACUGAGUGAAGAUGUUGUAGACCUAGUAAAGAAAGU